AUGGAUCGUGCCACGGUGAGGCUUGACUUGCCAUGGAAGAGGGCCAAGAAAGUGACGCCUCGAGGCUGCCUCGAUGAGCGUUUUCUUUCUAGCCAUAGCCCUCCAGCUCAGGGCAGAAACCGGGACCAGUCUUCUGGGUUGGUGGAACAGAAAGUGCGGAGGAAACGACCAAUUUCUUGGUUUGCUCGUUCCACCUGGUCGUUAGCUUGUGGGUGGUAUCCUGAUGUUAGACUCACGGUUACCCCCAGUUUCUCCAUAAAGCUUUCCCACACACGAGAAGUGAACUUAUGUGGUCAAGCCCCACUUAACAAAAAAAUUGUUGGAGGGGAGAAUGCAACAGCAGGGUCUUGGCCGUGGCAAGUCAGCAUUCACCACAAGAUUUUAAGAGUUAAUUUCUGUGGUGGGAGUCUAAUCAAUAAAGACUGGGUUUUAUCUGCUGCUCACUGCUUCCAGGACUACAGUGCAUCCGUCAUUGUGAUGUACUUUGGGCGUUGGAGGCAGUGGGGCUCCAACCCUUAUGAGAUAUCUAGAACAGCGAGUCGAAUCAUCAUCCAUGCUAACUAUGACAAUCCUAAGUUUGACAACGACAUAGCACUGGUCAAACUCUCUUCUUCUGUGACUUUCUCUGAUUAUAUUAGGCCAGUCUGUCUGGCUGCUGCUGGUAGUAAAUUUGCUGCAGGUACAGAGAGCUGGGUAACUGGAUGGGGAAGGCUACAGUCUGAAGGCCAGUCUGCUAACAUCCUGCAGGAGGUGAUUAUACCAAUUGUGAGCCACAAGGACUGUAAUAAAGCUUACGGAGGGGGCAUCACAAACAAUAUGAUUUGUGCUGGAUUGUUAAAUGAGGGAGGGAAAAGUUCAUGUCAGGGAGACUCUGGAGGUCCAGUGGUCAGUAGGAACGGCUCCCUCUGGAUUCAGUCUGGCAUUGUAAGUUUUGGUGCAAAACGAUGUGAUGACCCCAAAUAUCCCAGUGUGUUUGUCAGAGUUUCUCAGUUCCAGUUCUGGAUCGACUCUAUCAUUGGAGGCAACUCACCUGGAUUUGUCGGAUUUAACAACAAUGGAUUCAGAAGUUCACUCAGCCUCCUUUUAUUUUCCAUUUCUCUCAUAUUCUUCAUUCAUUUCACCUUCUCCAUCUAUCUGUCUUCCUAA